GAGCAAAAACUACCUACUUUCUUGCUCUUUAAAAAUAUAUAUAUAUAUAUUUUUAUUGAUUUUAGAGAAAGGAGAGGGGGAGAUAUAAACAUCAGUGAUGAGAGGGAAUCAAUCAUUGAUUGGCUGCCUCCUGCAUGUCCCACACUGGGGAUCAAACCCCAAACCCCAACAUGUGCCUUGAAAGGGACUCAAACCAUGACUUCCUGGUUCAUAGGUCCACACUCAACCACUGAGCCAUGCCAGCCGGACCUACUUUCUUGCUUUUAAAGACAAUUCCCAAAUGACUUCUUAGUUUAGGAAUAAUUAAGGCAAAGGAAGAAACAUGCUUUUAUAGCUGAAAAAGAAGGUGCUAGAUUUUAAAAGUAGAUUGUGGUAUAUAAUAGUUUUGUCUCUUGUGAUUGCAAGAAGCCAAGACCUACUGAGGUUAACCAUUUUUUUCCUUUCAUAGAUAAAAUAUAAGAAUUAAAAUACAUAUAAACACAAGGUAUAUAUGGUUCAGCAUUCUUCUUACCAACUGAUUAAACCUGAGAAUAAUUUUAAUUGUUGAAAUAUAUUACCUUUAAAUGUAUUCAACAUUUUGUGGUGUACUUCCCACAUGCAAAGCAUCGUGCCAGGCAUUGGAAAUAGAUACAAGCAGGACAGGUGUGGCCUCCUGACUUCAAGGAUUCUAGCAAAAGAAGUAGUUAAAUAGGCAUUUAUAAGAAAGAGUUAUGAUAGAGAAAACAUAGCAUUCGAUGAGACUGCAUAACCAAAACACCUUUAGAAGACUUUCUAGAGGUCAGUUAAGGUAAGAAGCUGGAAAAUGAGAGGAGUCAGCUAUGAAGGAGAUGAAAAGGGAAAAGUGUUAGAGGCGUCAGCUUCUGAAAGGCUGGAGGUGUAGAGAUUAUCUAUAAGAUGUUUAAUAGUUAUGCAUUUGAGAAGUUCAUGAUUAGUUAUAAAGGCAACUAAUAGACAUAGUAGCCUAAAAUAAAUACAGUGUUUAAUUUUUAUCUAGUCCAUUUAUGUAGGUUCUUGAAGACCAUCCUCAAAUAUUUCUCUGUGAAACUUCCCAAACCUACUUUAGCUAAAAGACAUCACACUGUAAAUUCAGUUCUCGUUGUCUCUGUUAUGCUAUUGACAGGUGAUCACAUUGUCAUGUCUUUUUUUUAAAAUCUAAUUUUUGAACCACUAGUCAUUUCUGAGUUUAUGUUAUCUCUUCAGGUAAUAUGGUGAGCGUCCUGAACCUUGAGCUUGUUGAACCUUGUAUAUGGUAAUAAAAAGCUCAGUAAGCAGGGGUUUGUCAAUUAGCAGAUAACGGAGUACAAAAGAAAGUCUAGUUGUAAUCUGAGUUUUCUUUCAGCUCUGAUAUUGCGUAAGUCCUCUGGAUUAAGCUUGUCUUUUCUGUCAGAUGACAGAAUCAACUCUUCCCAGUGGAGAUGGGGCUUGGAGGGAUGAUUUCACUUUUCAAACUAAGUAGUAAAGUUGGGUUUUCUUUGAGGGCCUUAGCCACUCUAACAACCCUUGAAGAGCGAAGUGUUGAAUGAGGGCUAUUGUUAUGGAAGGGAGUAUAAUGCACAGGAAACGCCCAGAAGUGAAGGAAGAUUCUUCAAUCAGUAUGUCAUCCAACACAGAUGUUUCUCUUUCUUCAUAUGAUGAAGGUCAGGGAUCUAAAUUUAUCCGAAAAGCUAAAGAGGCACCAUUUGUCCCUAUUGGAAUGGCGGGGUUUGCAGCAAUCGUUGCAUAUGGAUUAUAUAAAUUGAAGAACAGGGGAAAUACUAAAAUGUCCGUUCACCUGAUCCACAUGCGUGUGGCAGCCCAAGGUUUUGUUGUGGGAGCAAUGACUCUUGGUAUGGGCUAUUCCAUGUAUAAGGAAUUCUGGGCAAAACCUAAACCAUAGAAGAAGAGAUGCUGUCUUGGUCUUGGUGGUGUUUGCUAUAGUUAGACAUCUCAUAUUGAGGUUAUAUGUUUAUGUUGAAAAUCAUUUGAGAGGGUCAGACAAUAACACAUUAAUUUGAAUAUUGGCUUCCUUUUUUGCAGGCUUGAUUUCCCAGGUGACUAAAUUACUGGUGACUAGUUCACUAGCUAGGUCAUUCAGGGGAGUCAGGUUAGCACAUAAGAAAUGCAUUCGACGUGGUAAAAUGUCCACCUUGUUAAACUCUUCUGGUGAAAUUAGUUCUAAGCAAGAACUACAUGCCAAUCCAGCACCUCCCGGUUGCUGCACAAUCUCACGUGCUUUUGAUGUUAUGUAGGAAUCCUAUUUGCCCCAGUUACUUUGACUUUAUUCUGCCUGCCUUGUGGACUGAAUGAGGAGUUCAGUUUUUAGGGUUGAUUGGCUCUUAAAGAACCCUUUCAGAACAGUGCAUGGCAUAUAAUGUUACAAACCUCCCCACAACUGAAUGUGUGUGUUUAAACCAAACCUAACAUGCUGAUAACAGCUGCUAGAAGGUAGUAUUUAUUUUAGAGUCACACUUGUAAAUGUAAAAUAAUUAUGGACCCCAGUUUAGCUCUUUUCUAAUUGCAGAAUUAUAUUUUUGCUGCUGUUAUAUUAGAAUAAUUUUUAAAUGUCACUUUGAAAUAGAUAUAUGUAUUUUAAGUGCCAACACAAAGGUAAUGAAAGACAGUUUUAAAUAUUUGCUGUAUGUUCAUUUUCUCUGUAAGAAUCAUAAAUGUUAAACUAAACAAAUACCUAUAAUGGAAAUGAUGACUGAUUCAAGAGCAAGCUCUGGAAAGACAUUAUACAGAAACUUUGAUGUACUACAGAAGGCUUUAUUGCACUUGUGAAAUUCUAACCUGAAUUACAUUCCAUGGUGAUAACAUGGUAAAUGUAUUGUUAUUAAAGUAAGUGAACAUGUCAAA